AUGCUUAAGGAACUAGCGGCGGAGAAAUUGAUUCUUUUGGAACACUUUCUGCGAGUCAACAAGGAACAGCAACCAAUGCUUAAUUCAUUUAUAUUGCGAAAGGACCAGCUGCGACGUUGCAAUACGGCAAUGUGGGGAUUUCGCAGCUUGGACAAGUUCAAAGUUCUAUAUCAAUUGCAUGAUGUUCUAAAAAAUGAUAAAUUGUCGGACCUGACACUCUAUUCGCUAUUGGAGAAACUGAAUUUUUUGUUCUCCAAAGGCCCGCAGUUCGAAGAGUCGCUGGUACUUGACUCAAAAGUACUCACGAUAGCACUUAUAGAACUGCUUAUUCGCAUGUGCCACAUUAUAUCCGCGGACAGUACAGGCUCCAAAGUGCGACAUUCUUUACAAAGAUCCAUUCUCAUGUCAAUACAUGCCCAGUUCAUACGAGAAUACACGUUGAAGCUUUGGGAACAGCUCGAAGACUGA